GAGAGAGAGUAAUUAUUUGUGUUGUUUGGUGAAAGAUGGAUGUCUGCGAGGGAAUGUAAGGCAAAUCCACAUCAGACGAUGGUGAGAACAAGGCAUAAUCCGAUAGAAGACGAGGGUUCUGAGUUUAUCACGAUUGGAACGAGGGGUUCUCGAAGGUCUCAGGACCCACCUCCAGAGGAUGACCUUCAGAGUGAUGAGAGUGGAGUGUCGUCUGUUCCUAGAAGAGAACUGAGGAGAAAUCAGUCGUAUAAUUAUAAUCCACAGAGGAUGUCAAGAAGACCAAGACGAGCCAACAGAAGUUCAUUUUUCUACGAAGAUUCAACAGAAGAUGAUGAACCUCCGUGUCAAUCUCGUCGAAGUAGCAGACCUCAGGUCGAUAGAAAGAAAUCACGGAGUUGGAGACAAAGAGAGGUGCUGGCUGUAGCUGAUGUGGAGGAUGAAGACGAAGGGAUUCAUCCUGAAGAAAUACGUCGGAGUACGAGGCAAAAGAAAACUGUCUACCCGACAUUGAAUAAAAACUUUCUAGAUAAAGCUGUGGUCAGUGCUAAAGAUGGUUAUGGAGACACAGAGGAAAGUUUACCACCCCGAAAACGAACCCGAGUUGAAGGGGACGGGGAGGGGGAGGAUGAGGUAGGAGACGAGGUGGAGGGCGAUGAGUGUUUCACCGAUAUGUACAGCCGAGUUAAACGUAAGAGAAGACAUAUUAGACGUGAUAUGUAUGGUGUACCAAUUAUUGACACAGAUUGUGAAACGUCAGGUGAGAGUUCAGGUGGGGAAGAAGAAGAGGAAGUAGAAGAAGAGGAAGAAGAUGAUGAAGAUGACAAACCUCAGAGGUCAUAUUUUCUACGAGAACAUAAACCUAGAACACAGAAAUAUGAAGCUCCAUCUAUAAAACCACAACGAAGGCCGAGAAGUGACACAGUGUUUAGUCGUGGAGAAACUCCACCCAGAACCAUCAGCUCAUUCAGACGUUCCAAAACAUACAGAUCACCUGCACAUAGACGUAAACAUCACAGGAAGCGUGCAGCAUUCCAUGGCAGCUCCAGCACAAGCUCAUCAUCUGACACAGGCAGCAACUCUAGCGAUGAAGAAAGAUUCCAGAGACGUAAAGCCAAGAGUAUGAUGAAAUCAAGAAAUCGAUGCUUGCCAUUUAAUUUAACAAAGGAAGAUAUGAAUACUGGGAUACUAAAGGAUAGAGCUAAGAUCGGCGCUAGCUUGGCUGAUAUUGACCCAAUGGAAGUGGAUAGAUCCAUAACAUUUGAAAGUGUUGGUGGAUUAGACAAACAUGUCCGAGCCCUGAAAGAAAUGGUCGUCUUUCCACUUUUAUAUCCAGAAAUAUUUGAAAGAUUUAAGAUCACACCACCGAGGGGAUGUAUUUUCUACGGUCCACCUGGAACUGGUAAAACUCUGGUAGCUAGGGCUCUAGCUAAUGAAUGUAGCCACGGAGAUAAAAGAGUAGCGUUCUUCAUGAGAAAGGGUGCUGAUUGUUUGAGUAAAUGGGUUGGAGAAUCGGAGAGACAGUUACGACUUCUGUUUGAUCAGGCAUAUCAGGCAAGGCCUUCUAUUAUAUUUUUUGAUGAAAUUGACGGAUUGGCACCAGUAAGGUCAAGUCGACAGGAUCAGAUUCACAGCUCGAUCGUUUCAACACUUUUAGCUUUGAUGGACGGUCUGGAUAACAGAGGAGAAGUAGUUGUUAUUGGGGCUACUAAUAGAAUAGACUCAAUUGAUCCAGCCCUAAGACGUCCAGGAAGAUUUGAUAGAGAGUUUUUGUUUCCUUUGCCAUCUUUAUCAGCAAGAACACAGAUCCUGAAAAUUCACACAAAAGGCUGGACACCCAGAUUAUCUGGAGAAUUUAUAUCGGAGUUAGGAGAGAAGUGUGUUGGAUAUUGUGGAGCUGACAUGAAGGCAUUAUGUACAGAAGCAACAUUAAUGGCACUACGUCGACGAUAUCCACAGAUCUACGCGUCAUCCGAGAAAUUACAGCUGGAUGUCCAGUCAAUUAAUCUGGCAGCUAAAGACUUUUAUAAAGCUAUGCAGACUAUUGUACCAACUGCUCAACGUUCAAUUGCCUCUCCGGGUCGCUGUCUGUCCACGGUUAUCCGACCUCUAUUAAAACGUUUGUUUGAUCAGACACUGAGAAUGUUACAGGAAACCUUUCCUUCUGUUCUCGCUCAAAUGUCAUCUCUAGAUGCACCAAAUAAAAAUCCAGGUGAUGGUGAUAACGGUCUGGAUGAUCUGUAUAGUGACGAAGAUAAAGAUGAACCAAGUAUUUACGAGAAGAGUAACCGUGGUAACCAUAGACACGACAAUAAUCUACCUCCCUCCUUCCUCUCAUUCUCAAAUUCAGCAUAUCAACGACCAACAACAUUCCGACCACGAUUAUUAAUAUCAGGGUCAGCAGGUCAAGGUCAGACAAGUCACCUUGGACCAGCUAUAUUACAUCAUAUGGAACAACUACCAGUCCAUGUCAUUGAUCUUCCAACUUUAUAUGCUGUUAGUGCUAAAACACCCGAAGAAUCUUGUGCUCAGGUAUUUUGUGAAGCUCGUAGAACAGCACCUAGUAUAAUAUAUUUACCUUUUAUCAACAAAUGGUGGGAUGUUAUAGGUGAAACUCUACGCGCCACGUUUUUAACAUUAGUACAGAACCUGUCACCAUCAUCACCACUAUUAAUGUUAGCUACAUGUGAAGUUUCUUAUAACUCACUAGACUCAACACUUCAGGGAUUAUUUGAUCUAAGAUCUCAGGAAGUUAUACAAAUGACCAACCCUACGACAGAGGAGAGGCGAGAAUAUUACCAGGACUUAGUUAUAAAUCAAUCAGCGAAACCUGUAUCCUCAAAACAUUCGGCUGCAGCUCGACGUGCAUUAGAAGUUUUACCUGUAGCCCCACCUCCAAAACCAAGAAAAUUAACGGAAGCGGAGUUGAAAAAAUUAAAAAACCAGGAAGAUGCCACUUUACGAGAACUGAGAAUAUUUUUACGAGACGUUCUCACUAAAUUAGGACGAGAUAGAAAGUUUAGUAUGUUUACUAAACCAGUGGAUCUUGAAGAGGUGCCGGACUAUCUGGUGAUUAUAAAACAACCAAUGGACAUGUCAACCAUGAUGACUAAAAUUGAUCUCCAUGAAUAUCUCACUGUUAAAAGUUUUAUGUCCGAUAUUGAUCUCAUUUGUCGUAAUGCUCUAGAAUAUAAUCCAGCCAAAGAUCCACAAGGUCGAGCUAUCAGACACCGAGCAUGUGCCUUCAAAGAUACAGCUUAUGCUAUUAUUAAAGCAGAACUCAACUCAGAUUUUGAAAAACAAUGUCAGGAAAUAAAAGAGGCGAGAGAAAGAAGAGGUCUUAAAUCCAGAGAUGUGCCAGAUUUUUACUACACAGCUCCACCUGUUCCCAGUCGUAUUACUCCAAUUCAACCUCCGAAACCCACCCCGCCACCUAUUCCUAGUACAGAGAGAUUUAGUCGCAGGGUUCGUGGCAUCCAUGUUGAUACAACCGUUCCCUUGGAGAUGGUCGAGAAAAACUGGCAGGUGGAAAAACGUUUAUCAAAAAAUAGUCCCGAUAAAAUGGAACAAUCGGAAAAAAGACGAUCAGUGCAAAUAGUUCAACAUGAACAUUCUAGUCGUUCACGGGACAAUUCUGCUAAAAAGGUGCGGAGCGAAUCAUCGUCGGUUCGACCAAAGAAAAAGGCUAAAAAGUGUAUCUGGUCGAGUACGAAGAGACGUCGUAGACCGAAAUCUGUGGCCGCUGUUUAUGAUCGUGAUUCUGACGCAAGAUCCGGUUUGGAUACAGACAUGGAUGAUGAUUCAGAUUUUGGAAUGUUAUCGGAUAGGGAGGAGGAAAUUGCCAGUAAGAGUUAUGGCGAAGAGGUUAAAGAGGUUAAGACUGUUGAUGUUCCUGUCGUACAGGAUAGCGGACUGGGAUCAUCUUUAGAUAGUAAUGGAGACUCUAGAGACAGUGUCGACCAUAGGGUAAAUGGAGAAGAUUUACCCCACGUAACUGAAGAAGAAAAAAGUCGCAACAAAUCAUCUGCUAGAAAAUCCACACCGUCACAUGACUCAUCACAUAAAGUUCCUUCUGUUACCACAGAUAAACAUCGGCUAUCUCGUCUUCUUGAGACAGUUGUCAUGGCAACUAGUGGAAAUAAUAUUGAACGUUUAGAAAAAAUGUACAGUAUACUUAGUCAGUGUAUCUACAGACAUCGAAAAUCUUAUGAUAAAAUUCCCCUCAUAAAGGAAAUGGAGGAAAAAGUCACGUGGUACACAAAACAGAAAUCUCAUUAGUAUAAAAUUUCUGGGGAUAGGGGGGUUCAUGUUAUUAGGUUUUUUUAUUAUUGUGUUUUAAAACGGUAGUUUUUCACAAGUCUAUUGAGAUAACAGAAAUUUAUUUAGUCUUGAUUGCUCCAGCCCGACUUGUCUCCACAUUUACUUCCACGAUUAUGAGUGUGGACAAAAUAGCCUCAAUUGUGUGGUAUCUGUUUGUUCGUGUAUACAAUUUACAUGAGUUCUGAUAGGAACAGUUGUUGUCUCUCACAUUGCACACAUAUCUAUUGACAUAAAAAUUACCACAUAUUAGUCUCGAAAUGAACAAUGUUCCUUUAUGGUAAUCUUUCUAUGAUCUUUGACACUUUUUUGUCCAGACCAAUUUUUAUUGCAGUUGAAAUGUGGAAACAUUUUAGGCUGGUGAGGUCCAGACCAAGAAUUCUUCUUUAAUAAUAACCAAAGAAUCUGUAUCAGAGCUGUUCGCCUUAAAAAUGCUUGGGAGCAGGGUGGAAAUGACAACAAAACACAUGGAUUUUUCCUCCCAAUAGAAUUGCAAAAUAAGAUGAAAAAAUUGUAUUUUGUUUGUAAGACACCCCAAAAAAUUCAAUUAGUGACGUAAACAACUUAAUAAAUAUAGAUGAUUUCCUCCCAGGUUGGAACAGCUCCUGAGGUUGAAAGCGAAUAGUUAACCCCUAAAAUUAACUUACCAGUACAACAAAAACAAUGUAGUUGUUUAUUAUUCAUAAUUACACAGCACAGCCAUGGUGAUUUUAUAUUUUAAAACCCAUUCCAUAUUUCAACACAAGCCGUAUUUACAUCUUUUGAUAUAAAAAGUUAUAUUAUGAAAUUAGACAUUAUUUAUUUUACACUUUCUGACAAGAAUUUUAAGAAAAAGAAAAAGUUUCAGGAUGGUUUUUUUAAAAGUUUAUCAUUCAUGAAAACACCAAAAAUAUCAGAUAUAAAAUUUUUAAAAUUGAAAUAGGUGUCACAGGUCGAUUGUCGUCUUUGAAGAGCAAAAACUGGUCUUUGAAUUAUUUUGUUUUUGGCUGUAUUUAUCAUCACACUUAGGCGACAAAUUUAUUCAAAAAGCUAAAUAUAGAUGAAAACUAGCGAGUCAUGUGACUUCAUCAUUUGGACAUACAGGCUAUAAAUAUCGGUGGUUGAUAAUUUUUAUUGUCUUGAGAGGAAACUUAUUUUCUUUCCUUUGCCAUUCACCGACCAAUAUUUUGGGGGGGUUUUGUACUCAGAUGACACAAUCUUUGGCCAGAAGACGGGAGUAGGAUUGCCUGUCAACCUUGUGGGUUUUCUCUGGGUCCUCUUGUUUCCUCACCACAUGUUAGUCCCGACAUGACCUGGUUUGUGUCGAGUGGACGUUAAACCCCAUUUCUCUCUCUUUGGCCAAGAGACUAGUUUUUGUGUUUAAAGGCUACAAUCAACAUUUGUGUACUAAACUUGUGUUUAUUAACAUGUAUGUAUUGUCGUAUGAAAUUGGAAAUGAAUAUUAUUAUAAGAGAAUUUAGAUGUAGUAAGUUAAAUCAAUAAUGAAUUACAAAUCUAUUGUUGUCUUUAUAUAUCAAAUCGAUGUGUUUACAUUAUAAUCUAUAUUUAAUUCACCAAGUUAAAGAUGCAUUACGUAAGAUUCUCCAUUUUUAGAUAAAAUCAUUAAAUGGCCAAAACAUUCUAAUCUACUUAAAAUCAGAGCCAUCCGAAGGCCUAGAGAAUUCUUUAUGGGCAUGUUUAGAUAAUAAUUUAUAAAAAUUUGAAGCCAAAAUAUAGACCUGUAAUAGGCAGAUUUAGCUCUUACAUAAUGCAUCUUUAACUUAUUUUCUUAUGUAUUACAUAGUGAUAGCUUAGCUUCUUGUAAAGUUUAGGCUGCUGAUCGUCAUUUGCAUUUUUCGUAUAAUAUCUAAUGUUUCACAGCUUACAGAUGCAUUAUGUAAGAUUUAGAUAAAGAACUAGCAGUUCUCGCUAUAAUAGCUAAAAUAAACUAGAUAGUAAAACUGGGAAUGUCUUGAACUGACUAAUUAAUAAUUUAUAUAACAUUUAAGGCCUAAAGAAAGACCUGCAAUAGGCAGAUUUAGCUCUUGCAUAAUGCAUCUUUAAUUCAUCGUUGAAAAAAGCAAAAUGUCAAAGAUAGAGCUCUAUUACACUUUUGAAUUGUCCUGGAUGUGAACAGGCCUUAUUCAUGAAGAUUUGAAUUUUUUUAUUUUUUUUUAAUAAAAUACAUCCCUUUCAUUGGCUUAAAGCUACAAUCUGUCCUAUUAUUUUAACAUUCAGCCAAUGAAAUUGCUGUAUUUUUAUAAUUAAAUGAAAAGUCCUCGUGUAUAAUGUCCCAGGCCUUUGAGGAUAGAUACAGAACUCCCUAGACCGCCU